ACCUGCGCUGUCCGCAGGUAAGCCGCCAUGUUGCGGCCCUGAGCGGAGCCGGGAUGCGGUGUGGCGAGGCGGCGGCCGGCGGCGGCUUCUUCCUCCUUCCGCGGGGGGUCCUGCUUCUGCUCGGUGUCUGCAAUGCUCUUUCCCUGGAAAUUAAAGCCAGUCCUAAAGUGCGAGCUUUUGUUGGUGAACAAGUAUUGCUGAAAUGCUCAUUCAAAUCCAGUUCUCCCAUCACUGACAGCCUGACGGUAGACUGGACAUACCGGCCCCUCACAGGUGGUCAGAUGGAGACAAUUUUUCAUUAUCAGUCUGUUCCAUACCCAACGAUGGGGAAGUUCAAAGACAGGAUAUCCUGGGUUGGGAAUGUUGCCAAGGGCGAUGCUUCCAUUGCUAUCCAAAGCCCAGUGAUGAGUGACAAUGGGACGUUCAUCUGCAGCGUGAAGAACCCUCCAGACGUGUACCAUAACAUUCCCCAGACAGUGCUGAUAGUUACAGAGAGGGGCUUUGCCUUUCAACUAACUUCAGCGGUGCUGCUGUCCAUUUUAGUAUUUCUGCCUUCCAUCAUUGUGGUCAUUCUGCUGUUGGUAAGGAUGGGAAGAAAAUUCGGAGCGGUAAAGGAGAAAAAAAAACCCGGCUGUAAGAAAUCCUCCAUCGAAGUGUCUGAUGAGCCUGAACAUACCGGGACAGACAACUGCUUGGGGAAACUCAGAGACUGGUGCCUGAACUGUGUGGACACAGAUGAGGAAGACCCGUACUGAUGAAAGACCAAAGCUACAGAGAAAGAACAACAUUACAGCACUGAAAAUCAUGGCUUGAUAGAUGGUACGAAGGCUGCUGGAUAACCAGUGCAGAUUGAAGGACCUGCUCUAAUCUUGUUAGACUGGAAGAAUAAUGCCGAUGGGAUAAUUCACUUUUAUUUAAGCACAAAAGAAUGAAUUUUGAAAUCUUUCUAAUUUAUUGGGGAAAAAACCCUCUCUUAGCCUUACUUCUCCAGUGCCUACAGAAACCUCAGUGCCUACAGCUGUACAGCCUGUGUCCUACCAGCAGUCUGACAAUGCACGUUUCUUAGUUUACUCACAAAUUUGUUUCCUUUAUUAUUGGUGACAUCCCCCCUUUCCUGCACCCUUGAAUUCAAAUUGCCUGAAGCACAGUCUACUCCAGAGGGACGUCAGCUCUCUGAGGUAAUGGUCACUGGGCAUUGACAAUGUUUUCGCCUCAAUUUUUCGGAACGUAUUUGCUAAGGACUUAAAACAGUUUGAUUAAGUUGAUAUAUGACAUCUUCUGUCUUGGAGGAAAGAGAACCUACCACUUUUUAACUGUUUCUUGGUUUAAUUACUGAAUUACAGGAUUGCUAUUUUGUUCAUACUGUUUUCUGAUUCUAUUUUUAAGUCACCAAUUGCACAGUACUGUUACCUUACAUUGUUGAGUUUUCUUUCCUUUUUUAAUUUGUCCAACAGCUGCAUUAGGAGGUACAUCUCCUUCUGCUUGUAGAAGUGAAGCACAAUUCAUAUAAAACUAAUGUUUUUAAAUCAGAGAUGCAAAUGGGGACUCUGUAUCUGGGGAAACAUGACCCCAUCUACCUCAACUGUUGACUCAAGCAGUGUGCAAAGGAAUGUUCCGUGUUCAGAACAACUGUCAUGUUCCUCCUCUUCUAGGUACCAUUUUAGGGAAACAGCUGAACAUGCAUUGUUGCUCAGUAACAAAGAGUACUUGCUCUUUCACCAACCUUGUCCAAUAAUGUAUGGCAGAGUGCAGUGGAAUUCAUGUCUGCUCAAUACCUAAACAGCUGCUGUUUUCCGCUUCCUUUCUGUAUGCGGCAUUGGUCAAAUAGUCUCCUUUUACCUAUGUGUUGCAAGUUUACUGUUGACUUUGAUGUGCCAUUACCAAUAAACUGCUUUGUUCCA